AUGUUUGAGAAGCCCAGCUCUAUACAAUACAUUUAUUUUUACUUUUUCUUCUUUACUAUCUUUUUCAUUAGCCUCUUUUUGGUCAUAAAUUCUUUGACUUGCGCUCUCCUUUUUUCUCUUCCUCAGUUACUUUUGCUUUCAGCUCAACAAUUCUUCUUUUCUUAUAUCAUUCUUUCUUUCCUUCGCUUCAUCCUCGAUUAUUACAGUCUUUUUACACGUAGUAUUUUCUUUUUCUUUUUUACAUUUUCUCUUGUCGCCUAUUCCUUUAUCUUUUUUUUUUAUUUUUCUUCCUUUUAUCUAUGUUCCUUUUUAGCUGCUUUUCGUUUUAUAAUGGAAUACUUAUUCUUCAAUUUUUUCUUUUCUUUCUUCAUUUAUUCUACCGCGCCUGCAUUUCACUCUUUACUCUUCCUUCUUAUAAUAGCAGGUCCUUCAAAUAUCAUUCUUCUUUUCCGAGACCUCGAUUUUUAUUUCUUCAUUUUUAUAUCGCGUAUUUCCCAUUAUAUCUUCUUCCUUUACUUCCUUUUUCUGUCAUUUAUUUUUUCACCUGCUUAUGUAGUGUUCAUUUCUCCUCUCAUAUCUUUAUCUUUUCACCAAUAUAUUCUUAAUUAUUUUCGUUGUGAUGACGGUAAGCAAUCUCUUUUUUCCUCCCGUUUUUAUUCCCUAGUUCAUAUUUCUUUCUAUAUUUUUCUUAUCAUCAUUUUAUACGUCAAAAUUAUUAUACAGGUUAUUUUUUAA